AUGGACCACAAGCACGAGGAGCCCGCCGAUACCGCCUACGAUGGCGGUCUCAUGCAUCCCUCAGAUGAACAUCUCGAUAAGAAUGCCACUCGGGACGAGGCCUUGCGCCGCAUGCGUACCGCCGGCUCCAUCUCCAUGUCCCCCGAGCUCUUCGAGAAGCUCUAUCUGUCACCGCAGAAUGUCGUCAAGGGCGACCUGCGCAAGACCUUUGGCAACCCAACGCCCAUUGCUCUCGCCGGCUUCUUCAUAUCCCUACUCCCCCUCGGCGCCUACUUCUUCUCCGGUGGUCUCCUCAUGUUCCUCGGCGGCCUCCUCGAAUGGAUCCUCGGCAACACCUUGCCCUCCGUCAUCUUCCUGACCUUCUCAGCCUUUUGGCUCAGCUUCGCCGCGACCCUCGUCCCGGAUUUCAACGCCUACGCAGCCUACGCGCCCGCGGACUCGACCUCGGUCGCCGAGGGCCUGCAGACGCGCGGCUUCAACGCCAGCUUCGGCUUCUUCAUGCUGGCCAUGCUGCUUCUCUGCCUCGUCUACCUCGUCUGCUCCCUGGGCACCAACGUCGCCUUCUUCAUCAUCUUCCUGACCCUCGUCCUCGGCUUCGGCCUGCUGACGGGUGCGUACUGGGCUCUGGCGGCGGAUUAUGCCGGCAACGCCGCGUUCGCGAGCAAGCUCAUCAAGGGCGCGGGGGCCUGUUAUUUCGUGACCUCUCUGGCUGGGUUGUGGAUCUUUGCGGCUAUCCUGAUGGCUGUGUUGGAGUUUCCCUUCCAGCUGCCCGUGGGCGACCUGAGCCACUUUUUUGCCAAGAAGGAGGUUCGCGACAAGAGCAACGUCUGA